CGGCAGCAGCAGCAGCGGCAGCGGCAGCCUCAGCACCUCCGCCAGCUCCGCCAGCAGCUCCAGCGGCAGCACCAUGGACCUCUCCUUCAUGGCCGCGCAGCUUCCUGUUAUGGGAGGAGCCUUUAUGGACUCACCCAACGAGGACUUUAGUACAGAGUACUCCCUGUUUAACUCAUCAGCCAACGUCCAUGCAGCUUCUUCCAUGCAGAAUCCACCAGAAGAGACAUCCCGUUCUUCAAAUGAUGCCAUUUUGUUAUGGAUUGCAAUAAUAGCAACAAUUGGAAAUAUUGUGGUUGUGGGAGUGGUGUAUGCCUUCACCUUCUAGGAUGACUGUCACUACAAACACUGGAAGAAAGGAAAUCUUCAACAGUAUUUGUCAUGUGUAUGUAUGUAUGUGUGUAUAUAUACAUGUAUAUCUAUAUAAAUACAUAUAACUAGAGACUUUGUUGAUGAUUAAGUGCUGCCACAGUCAUGGAAAUGAAAUGCAAGUUAAUCAUCUUAAGUCUUGAUGGCAGAAAGUUUGGAUGCAAAUUGCGUGGAGGUGAGAGCUUUAUUUGAGAACUGAGCCAAUACCAGUUUUGUAUAGAAAUGUAAUAAAAGAGAGAUCAACUUGGGUAUAGUAAAUACAGAGAGAUAUUUAUAUAGAAAGUGCUUAUUUUUUACUGUAGAUUUUUCUAGCAGCUCUUCUGCAGUUUUUCAGCU